AUGCCGAAUCUCCUUUCAUCCUCGUGGCUGCGUGCCGCUCCAAAUGCUGUGCUCAACACAUGUCGCUGGAGCUCGACUGCUGCUAUGAGCGCCUUUACUUCCCAACGCGCUACAUCACCGAGCCCAAAGGUCAUGCAUCGGCGCCGCCUCCCGAACCGGUUGAAAUUCCUCCAAGACCAGAAGGCUCAGGGCGAGAGCCGAGCUCUUGAGAAAUUCCAGACGCGCAAUUGGAGGGCUGGUGACAUUUACUCUCCUCAUGACCUUAGCCCGGUGGAGAUGAAGAAAUGGGGCAAGCGCGGAAUUGCUACCAGAGACUCUUUCGAUGCGUUGAACCUGAACCCUUUAGACCUAUACAAGAAUGUUGCCAUUUUGAACGAAUUCCUGACCCCGUUGGGUCGUAUUAAGCACCGAAACCAGACCGGUUUACGGCCUGUCAAUCAGCGAAAACUCGCCAAGGCGGUUCGAAGAGCUGAAGGAGUUGGUCUCCUGCCUACAGUUCACCGACACCCUGAAAUUCUCAAGGCCGACUUCAAGAGGAUGAUCGACGGUUACUGA